AUGUCAUACUAUCCGCCUUAUGGUGGCCCACCGGGCUAUCCGCCACCGCAGCAGCAAUAUCCCCCUCCGCAGCAAAAUUAUGGCGGAUAUCCAGGUCAAGGCUACGGCCCAGGUGGUCACAGUCCUCCUCCCUACGGAGCCCCGCCGCCAAAUGGAGGCCAGAUGUAUAAUGGACCACCAGCGCCAUACCAGAACAACUAUACCCCCGGGCGCCAUGGCGGUCCUCCUCCGCCACCCUCACAGCCGGUCUCGUUUGGCAAUGGAGCACCGCAGGGUUAUAGUUUCCAAUAUUCAAACUGUACCGGCAAAAGGAAAGCGCUGCUGAUUGGAAUCAACUACUUUGGCCAGAAGGGACAGUUAAGAGGUUGUAUCAAUGAUGUGAAGAACAUGUCGGCAUAUCUGAACCAGAAUUUCGGUUAUGCCAGAGAAGACAUGGUCAUCCUCACUGACGACCAACAAAAUCCCAUGAGCCAACCGACAAAAGCAAAUAUACUACGGGCGAUGCACUGGCUGGUGAAGGAUGCAAGGCCGAAUGAUUCGCUAUUUUUCCAUUAUUCCGGCCAUGGUGGUCAGACGCCGGAUCUGGACGGCGACGAGGACGAUGGAUACGACGAAGUUAUCUACCCGGUGGACUUCAGGGUUGCUGGCCACAUUGUCGAUGAUGAAAUGCACCGGAUCAUGGUCCAGUCGCUUCAGCCUGGUGUCCGUCUCACAGCCAUUUUCGACUCUUGCCACUCGGGUUCUGCUCUGGAUCUACCUUACAUCUAUUCCACCCAGGGUGUCCUCAAGGAGCCCAACCUGGCCAAGGAAGCUGGUCAGGGAUUGCUCGGUGUCGUUUCCGCAUACGCUCGUGGAGAUAUGGGUGGCAUGGUCUCGACCGCUGUUGGUUUCCUCAAAAAGGCUACGAGGGGUGACGAGGCAUACGAGAAGACGAAGAUGACCAAGACGAGUCCGGCGGAUGUUGUCAUGUGGUCUGGCAGCAGAGACGACCAAACCAGCCAAGAUGCGAACAUCGCGGGCCAGGCCACCGGUGCCAUGUCGUGGGCCUUCAUCAAUGCUCUGAAGAAGAACCCUCAGCAGAGCUACGUGCAGCUGUUGAACAGCAUCCGAGACGAGUUGGCGACCAAGUACUCCCAAAAGCCCCAGCUGAGCAGUAGUCACCCUCUGGAUGUGAACCUCCUCUACGUGAUGUAA